AUGCCUUCCGACCGCAGCUCUGAGACGCAGCGCCGAUUCUCGCGGGAGCCACCAGCAGCGGACACUUCCCCUCUGUUUAACCUGCCCCUAGGUGCUCCCUCACUUCCGCCCUUGCGUUCCUCGAGUUCCUUGAGUACCCGAAGACCGUCACUCAUGUCGUCCGCAAACAUUCCGGCUGGACGCCAAGCUCGGACACGCCCGUCAGAUCGUUAUUCAGCCAGGUCACGCGGCGCUCUGGAGACCCGGACCGAAAGCAUGGACGAUACGCUUGGUCGCUGGGAUCAUGGGUGGUACAAUGGGCAGAACUCGCGAGAGGAUGUACGCCGCUCUGUGCCGGCCCAACACAGUCGUGCGCAGUCUCAAGAUAACGAGAGCGCGGGUCAUCUACGCGACGACACCAACCAGCUACGCGCGCUGCUGGAUUUCACCCAUACUCCAGCACAUCCGUACGCGGAACUUUCAUUCACAUCCCCGUCACUGCCACCGCAGGAACCCAUAGAGGAGAGUCGCCGGGCGAAGAGACGCAAGUUGGACUCGGACCGCCUCGCUCCCGGGUUUCAGGGGUUUCGGUAUGGCAAGUAUGGGCAGGUGGAACCUGGUCAGCUGACAAUGGAGUUGGUCAGCUGUGAUGGGGGAAUCUUCUCGGACGAUGGUCAGAAAUAUGCUGCGGAGAAUAUACUCAGGAACGACGAUACUGUAUAUUGCACCGAGGGGCCGAGGUGCAAUAUCGUCUUGAGACACCAGGGUGCCACAGUAUUUACGCUUCAAGAACUCAUCAUCAAGGCGCCCAGGUCCAACUUUACUGAUCCUGUCCAGGAAGGCAUGGUAUUCAUCUCAAUGACUUCUGACCACCUCUUGACAAGGACGGCCCAGUACGCAAUCCAAUACUCACCUCCCAGGAGCUCGUCCAGGCGCGUCGAGCGGGAGAUGCAACCUCUAGCCCCUAUUGUGUCGGUAAGGCAUAAUGAGGAUGGGAGUACAAUGACAACCUCUCAGCAGCGAAUGAGACGCUUUUACGAAAUCGGAGUCCAGGACAGGCACAACGAAUUGCGAGUUGCGCAAAUCCCUUCUGAGUUCAACGCAUCGCCUCCCCCCUUUCACGUCACAACAGAGUGUAGUGACGACGAUGCGGAGGAUCCGGCUCCCAGAGGGGAAUGGGGUGCGCCGAAUAGGAUCGGCUCACUGCGAUUCGAGAGCGAUACUCAAAGACUAGGGAGCGACAGCAGUGACGAGGCGGCGGCGGACGACUUCUCGUACACGGGGACAGACGAUAGGCUGCGACGUCACCGGCAACGGUCGACAUCGGCGCUCGCCGAGGCGGCAGAGGCUGCGCAGGUGGCAACACAGGAAGCUGUUCGUGCGGUGGGCGGCGAACUGAUGGCACCGCAUGCACGGUUUUUCAUUGAGCAGAACAAGACCAAAUGCACGAUACGAUUCGACCCCCCAGUGUCAGGACGGUUUAUAUUGCUGAAGAUGUGGAACCCAACUCGGGAUCCGCGUGCCAAUAUUGACAUUCGUGCGGUUGUGGCGAAGGGCUUCGCUGGUCCGAGAUUCUUCCCAUCGGUCGAACUGCGGUAG